GGAGUCUCCCAGUACGCGUCGAGCCGCGCCAGCAGACAGGCAAGACCCGACCCUGGGAAUAAAAAAACGCGCAGUCCCGUCUGUUUGAAGAUUAUUUUAUUGCAGCGAGGUAGGGCAGUUCAGUGAAUUUCUCCAUGAAUGUACGUCACAAUGAUGAUGACAGACCAGAUUCCACUGGACUUGGCUCCGCCCCCCCUCCUGAACGGAGAGGUCCCGCUCAUGCCUCACAUGGUUAACGGUGACGCAGCACAGCAGGUGAUCCUGGUGCAGGUGAACCCGGGGGAGACGUUUACCAUCCGGGCAGAGGACGGCUCACUGCAAUGCAUCCAGGGUCCUGCUGAGGUUCCCAUGAUGUCCCCAAAUGGGUCAAUCCCCCCUAUCCAUGUACCUCCAGGAUACAUCUCACAGGUUCUGGAGGAUACCACAGGGGUCCGUCGGGUGGUGGUGACCCCACAGUCUCCAGAGUGCUACCCUCCCUCCUACUCUCCAGCCCUCUCCCCCACACACCACCUGCCCCCCUAUCUGACUCACCCUCACUUUAUCCCAAACUCUCACUCUUUCUACCCCCCUGUCAGCCCCGGGGAUCUGCCCCAUCACCAGUACUACCAGCACCACCUUCCCCCCAUGUACGGCGAUCCAGAAAUCAUCCCAGUUUAUGGGAUGUCUAACUACAUAGGCAGAGAAGAGACAUACAGUAAGCCACAGCCAAAAAAGAUAAAGGAACAGAGACUAGAGAGACAGAAUCGGCUUAAUUCCCCUCCCUCCACUCUCUAUAAGGGCAGCCUGGGGCAAGCACACAACGGAUACAGCAACAAGUCACACACCCCAUCGCUUGGGUCAGUGGGGUCGGGGGGCGGAGUCAGCAGUACUGGAGGAAAGAAACCAGAGAGAAGACUCCGCAGUCCACGAAACAGUGAACCAGAGACACACACACAAGAUCAUGAUACAGAGGGGAAGCGUGUUCAAGAUAUGCUGUCUGCAAUCGACAAACCACAGGUGUCCAAUGUGCAGGCGCGGGCUGCACGAUUGUCCUGGGUCCCCCCGGCAGGCCUGGUGAACAGGCAUAGUAACGGGAUGCCUGUGUCCUGCUCCUAUGAGGUGUCUCUCUCAGAUAAGGGACGUGACGGAAAGUACCGCCUUGUAUACAGUGGCGAAGAACUGGAGUUUCAUCUGAAAGACCUAAGGCCAGUAACAGAAUACUACGUACGGGUGCUUGCAAUGUACAACUCGGUUCGAGGCUCGUGUUCAGAGGCCAGCUCGUUCAAAACACCCAACAGCGUCCCUGAUGUCCCACUACCCCCGAAACUCUCCCACCGCAACAAGAGUUCCCUCACCGUACAGUGGAAGCCCCCACUGGAAAACGGAUCCAAAAUCACAAACUACCUGCUCGAGUGGGAUGAGGGAAAGAAGAACAGUGUUUUCAGAGAAUGUUUCUUUGGGAACCUGAGACACUGUAAGCUGACACGAUUGUUCCCCGCCUGUGGCUACACCUUCAGAGUGGCUGCACACAACGAAAUAGGCACAAGUGGCUUCAGCACAGAGGUGGUGUUUUACACCAUGGGCACCCUGCCUGCUCUCCCUCUGGCACCGCGGCUGGUCAGGGCAGGGGUGUCCUGGGUGACUCUGGAGUGGGGACGUCCUGAGGGCAGUUCAAGCGAGGAGCAGCUCAAAUACACACUUGAGAUCCAGGAGGACAACAGCGGAACCGACUUUCAUCCAAAGUACACUGGAGAAAACUUGACCUGUACUGUACAAGGCCUGAAGAGGAGUACACAGUAUAAAUUCAGGCUGAUUGCAUCGAACAUGGAGGGGAAGAGCAAUCCCAGUGAAGUGUUGGUGUGUACCACCAAUCCAGACAAACCAGGCCCUCCAUCUACACCUUGUGUCACCGCAUCAACGCCCUACGGAUUUACUGUCACAUGGGAUCCUCCACAGGAUAACGGGGGCUCAGAGGCUCUUACAUAUCUGCUAGAGAUCUCAGAGGGAUGCUCUGAAGCGAGCCAGUGGGAGGUAGCGUACAGUGGUCCAGCAACAGAAUGUGUUUGUGAGCGCCUGACCCCUGGGACCAUCUACCGCCUACGUGUGUGUAGCAUCACCACGGGAGGACACAGCCAGUGCACUGUUAGUGUUCCAGUCCGUACAUUAAGCGUCCCACCAGGGCCCUGCCAGCAACCAAGGAUUGUGGGUAAAGCCAAACACAAGGAAGUGCAGUUAGAGUGGGACUCCCCUAUCUCUGAGGGAGUGUGUGAGGAGUGUGUGUUCAGUCUGGAGAUGAGCGAGGGGGACACCAAGCCAGCAGAGGUGUAUCAUGGGUCGGAGCUGCAAUGCACUGUUAGCAGUCUGUUACCUGGUGCCACGUACAGCUUCCGACUGCGGGCUGCCAACGAGGCUGGGUUUGGAGUGUACUCAGAGCCAACAGAGGUUACGACUGCAGCAGGUCCUCCUGGCCAAUGCGGGGCACCACUCAUAACUCUUACCAAUAACACCUGCGUAACACUUAACUGGGAGAGUCCUGAGGGUUCAGGUACAGACAUCUCUGAGUAUCGUUUGGAGUGGGCGAGGGAAGACGAACCUAUGGAGCUCAUCUACUGUGGAUCCGCUACACAGUGUGAACUAUCAGACCUGACGCCUGCCACAGAUUACUGCUGCAGGCUACAGGCAGUGAAUCAGGCAGGUGCUGGUCCUUACAGCGAGCAAGUGAGUUUCCGAACCCCGGCAACAAAUCCUGACCCGGUCUCCUCCCUCAACCUCCUGGACCUCCCGGUCUCAUCAGAGUCAGGUCACUCCCCAUCAACCUGCCUCUUCCUGAAGUGGGAGGAGCCAAACAGCAAUGGGGCGGAAAUCACCUCUUAUGUCAUCACCUUGGAUGACCAGACCAUCACUGUGGAAUCAGGGACAAGUCACCUUGUCUCAGGCCUGCAGCCAGACAGCGAAUACAGUGUACAGAUCCAGGCCGUGAAUGCCAUUGGCUCCAGCCCCUCGAGUCCACCUCUGCUGGUGAGGACACGCCCCCUGCCUCCAGCCCCGCCCCCUCUCGAAUGUUCGGCGGCCGGCCCUCAAAGCCUGAAGCUGAAGUGGGGUGAAAAUGCCAGCAACACACAUACGCGUGCCCUGCUCGCCGACGACAUGGUCUACACACUACAAAUGGAGGACAAAAACCACAGGUUUGUGACGAUCUACCGCGGUCCCAGCCAUACCUACAAGGUGCAGCGAUUGACUGAGUCCAGCAGCUACAGUUUCAGAAUACAGGCUAUCAGUGAUGCUGGGGAGGGUCCAUUCUCUGACACACACACCUUCUGCACCACCAAGUCUGUACCCCCUGCCCUCAAAGCUCCCAGAGUACACCAACUGGAGGGAAACAUGUGUGAGGUCACAUGGGAGACAAUCCCACCAAUGAGAGGGGAUCCUGUGAGCUAUGUGCUACAGGUAUUGGUGGGGCGUGAGUCAGAGUACAAACAGGUUUUUAAGGGAGAGGAGGGCGUGUUCCAAAUCUCUGGUCUCCAGGGCAACACAGAUUAUCGUUUCCGUGUGGGCGCCUGCCGCCGUUGCCAGGAUACGUGCCAGGAACUGUGCGGACCACUGAGCCCCUCCUCCUUGUUCACGCUGCGUCGCCAGGAGACGGCAUCGUCAGGAGAGAUGUGCGCCGUGGAAACCGGCAAAGGGGCAGGCCUGAUCUCCAGCGAUGAGCGCUUUGCAGCGCUGAUUGUUUGCGUGUUCGCGGGCUUCUCCAUCCUCAUCGCCUGCUUGCUACAGUACUUCUUCAUGAAGUGAGGGAAUUUUAACUAUAGGAUAGAAAGAGAAAGCAAAAUCACAGAGAAACUAUAAAAAAACGUCUAUGAAAGAACAGAAUUAAUGAAAUGAAAACAAACACUUGAGAUGUACUUCUAAGGCUAUAUAUAUGUUGUUUUUUUGUUUUUUAAUCAAACUAUCGAAUCAGGCUUUCCUUGCCUUGUUCCUGUUGUCUUCUGCCUUCACUCGGUUUGGUCUCAUUUCUCUCUAUGUCUCUGUUGUCUAUGUAUCAUUGUCUGUCUCAUUUGUUAAGGAUUUCUGUCGAGGGAAGCCUUUUCUUAGCUGUACCUCGGUUGGGAAAGAAAAACUGUUAAUCAAGCCUUAAAAUAGCUGUGAGCAAAGCAGUUGCUCCUCAGACUGACUUGCAUGUUUUUAUUUUGUAUCUUUUUAAAACAUAUACAGUUAGAGAACAUGUAUAUUUCUUGACAGUCAUUGCCUUACUUUUUUUGUUUGUUUCUUUUUGUUUUUCAAUGUUUAAUUUGCAUUUUUUGCUGCAGUCUUUAUUCAUUCAGCCAUAUUCCAAUGUAGGCCUUCAAAGCUUUAGCCGUUCAUACUGUUAUUAUUCAAUUUGUUUCUACUCUACAGGCUGUCAGUCAAUUCAUGCAAUCUGCACCUGCUCUCACACACACAAACACAGGCUGACACAAUACACACACACACACACACACACACACUUACAUAUAUAUAUGCAUACACACAUAAAAUUACACUCAUGCAAAGACAAUGAGAAACAACCAUUUCCUCCUAAGACGUCAAUCACAUAUCUGCUCAGCUUUUAACAUUCAAUCACUCACUCAUUCAGCUACCAAAGUGAUGCAAUCCAUGUGUGGUGUAAGAUGCUGCUAUCCUGUGAUUUUAUUAUAACUAAGAAAGAAUGGAAAAACCAGUAAUCUAAUAUAUAUAUAUACACACAAGAUAUAUAUAUAUAUAUAUAUAUAUAUAUAUAUAUAUAUUUGUAUGUGUGUAUACUGUUAUACAUAUACAUAUACAUAAACAAUAACAAAUAUAUAUGAUGUUAAGUGAUGUAAUAUAAGUGAUGGCAAUGUAAGGUCUGAAGUUAAUUGUGAAAGGGGAGGAGUUGAUGACUCUAGGUGCUCACAGACAGCAGCUCUGAGGUCAGUUCAGCAGCUUGUGCUUACAGUUGAAGGAGCCCUCACACGCUGGCCUCAAUUCAAAAUCUGAACCAUUUACAGGUAUUUGAAUGUUAACAGUAUGGGGCAUAAACUGGCUUUAGGAAGCAGGGCUUGGACUGUGAUUGGCUGCAACUUGCCAGGAUAGCUCUGGCCUGAGCAUUUGACUGGCUCUCACUUCCAUGUUUUACCAUCUCAAGUACCAUUGCUCCAGCCUAUUUAUCUUUAGCUUUAGUAGCGAUGUGCCCACAGCAUCGCAGACCCAGAGGUGCUAACAGUCUGCCAGCUAGCCGCCCUUCUCAGAGCUGUGUAUGUGUUUGUGUGUGUGUGUGUGUGUAUGUGUGUUAACCAGGAAAGCCAUUAGGAGUUAGCUUAAGCUUUACCCCUCUGCAAUUUAGCCAGCCAUCAGCCAGAGCAGUGCUGAAGCUGUAGUUUUAUCUUCCAGCUAGUCUGUGAAUCGAUACAUCUGAAGACUCUUCUCUUCUUAUCUCCUCUCCUGCCUAUAAUUACAUGUAAUUACCUUUUGCUCUGGCUGCUUCUCUCUUUCUUUCGAUCCAUCCCAUCUCUCUGCCCAUGCACUAAUCUCACUCCCUCCCUCUUUUCUCUCUCUCUAUUAAAAGGUGCUUUAUUGACAUGUAAUCAGAGCAGUAGCAAGUCUGUGGUGGUCUCUCCUCAGACGGACAUGUUCUCUGGGGACUUGAACUAAUGUUCACUAAACAAACAAGCCUUUGACAGAACACAACUCAACAGAACAGGGCAUUCUGACACACGUUACACCCCCUGACCUUCCCCCCCGUGACUCCCGAACCCCUUUACCCCAGCCCGAAAAACUAAGCCAAGGUACAGCCCAAUACAUACCCUGAUGAUCCAAAGAAGUCACCCUGACCCGCAUUAUUAACGAGUGACAUGUCCACUUUUUGUCGGGUGGGGUGUGGGGAAGUAGGGAUUGGGUGGGAAAACGGGGUUAGUACGGGGGGCGGGGUAGUAGUGUAGCUCCGCCGCUCAGCUCUGAUUGGCAGCCUGUAACGUACCUCAGGGAUAAGGCCUUACAGAGGGGAGAUCUAAUCCUGUCAUCCCCAUUGCUGUCAUCACAGUCAUUAUAUUAGCCUCUCUUCCUCUGUUUCUUGCUGUCUUCCUCCCUUCUCCUCUUCUUCUUUUGUUUUUUGAUGCUGUAUCUUGUCCUCUGUAUCUGUCUAUGCUGUGCCUUGCUCCUGUAUGUGUCAGUAAGCAAAGUGGUUUACUAGCUCAAAAUACCUUUGCCAAAGUCGAUGGGAAAGUUAAGGUAGAGUUCUUUUGUAGGUUUUAUUUAUACUAUAUAUUUGCAUACAGUACUUUACAUGCCAAUUACAGUGCAAUCUUCAUUUAUUUAUUGUUUAAAGAUUAAGAGACAAGUGUAGUUAUAUACUAAUUUUUUUUCCUUGUAGCAUGUUUUUUUUUUCUUUUUAAAUUUUUUUUUUAAAUGGACGUAUGUUAGAUUGUAUGAUUAAGGCCAGCAUUCCUUAUCUCAGUAACCCUUUAAGUAUUUCUCUUACAGCUGUUGGGAACCUGUAGCUCAUCAGUCCAUGCCUUGCAGUUAUCAUGCCGUUUCAAACAUGUAACCAAAUGCCUAUGUAUUGUUUUUUUUUUGUUUUUUUUUGUUUUUUUUGUUUUCUCAUCUCCUGUUUCGGCCAUGCACAGCUGAGCAGUUCUUUUAAUGUUUAGAGAGAGACAUGUAGCAAAGCCAGGCCUUAGUUUCAGUUCAAGUCAUCUGUAUUGGGAUAAACGUCGUUGCCUUUGGCUUUUUUUUUUCAGAUUAGUGUUAUAAUGAAGCUUCUGAUAUGUUUUUACUGUUUUAUUGCCAAAGUGCAGGCUUCUCGUGUCCACUAGAUGUUGCGUUUCCAGUUAUCUAAAGGGUUCUGUGAUGUUCUUCUGUAAUGACACAGCAUUACAAUUAUUAUUAUUGUUAUUAUUCUCUGAAAAGGAAAAAAAAACAUUAACUUGAUCUGUGAUUACGCUUCUUUUCAUAUUAUCUUUUAUUAUUUUUGUCUUGUAAAGCAAAAUGUGCCAUUUUGAAAAUGUGUAGCCCCUUUCGCAGGAAAGUUUUUAACACAACCUGAUUUCACACUGAAAAAAAGGCAAAACAAUCAUACAAUAAUUUCAGGCAGAUGAUAAUAAUAAUAUUGUCGAUUCCUUGUUAAGGCUAGUGCUGGUAUAGCAGUAGUGAGUAUUUUUUAUCCAGUAUUUUGCUAAGAGAUGAUAUACAGAGAUAUCUAUAGAGCUAUAGAAUGAGAUGGUAAAUACAUUAUGACUAACAGAGUUGAAGCACUUUUUUUAUGCCGAGCAUUAGUCUUGAUGAGGUUAAUAUGAGUGAGAGGAGACAUGCAGUCCUUCGUUCUGUUCCAAACACUACUGCCAACGCCGUCUGUUACAUUCAUUGGCAUUAUUCUGUCGUUGGCGUCACUGUGACAUUGGCAUUACUGGAGCACAGUUCUGUGCUUCUCAAAUGGCACCCCGCUCUCUGCAGAAUACAAACUACAGCAAACAAAGGAAGUACAGUUCAUAGGGAGCGAGGUGCCUUUCUCAGACGUGCUCAUGGUGUGUCUACCAAGCCUGUUGCAUUUUAGUCGACAGGUUAUGUGUGAGGUGUCCUGUCCUUAUACCCCCCCCCGAAGUUAUGUUGCCCACCCUUAUUCCCCUUUUCAAGCCUUAAUGCCCCAAUGGGAGAGCAGGUCAGGCCAAGGUCAGACCAGUCAUGUUAGUGUUGAAUAGUCUGAGGUUAACUUGGGGUUAACUGAAAGGCUGUAUGUUUGUGGGAUUAGUACUCCCUUUAUGUGCUUUGGUUUUUUUUUGUUUUGUUUUUUUUUUAAAUGCUGGUGAUUUUAUAGACCUCCCCCUAACUACCCACCCUGCAGGUCCUGCACAUUUGGUGGGUAUGUUACGAAUGAUAAACUUCUUUUUUUUUUUUGCCCAGCAACCCCACGUCUGUGCCUUCUGAUUAUGAUUUUUUUUUUCUUAUGUUUUGUACGUUUUACAGCAAGUAGAGAUUUUGACUGAGAGAUUGGCGAUUUGACAAAUGAGACUCACAGGUAUUUAACUAUUUUUUAAGCAAGACAAAAACAAGAAACAUAUUUUUACCUCACAAUUUAAAAACAAACAUUCCAAUGUUGUCAUGGUCUACGAAUUGAAAAAAAAAAAAAGAAAUUCAUGCAUUUCUUCUUGUAUUGUAAAUGUUAGACAAUUUCAUAUGCAUUAUAUAAAAGAAACUGCCAUAUCAAUUUUAAUGUAUAGAUUUUUGCAAAUACUACCCUAUGUAUGUAAGACGUAACUGUAUCGGUAGCGUAUAUAUAAUAUAUUUAUGCCCAAUAAAUGUUUUAAUUUUUUUCUGACUUUGA